GGGAGGGAUUGACUUUACAUAAGCAAAGGCUGUGCCGCCAAUACUUCUAGUCCUGUUACUCUGAAGAACAAAAUGGGCCUGGAGCUGUACUUGAAUCUCCACUCUCAGCCCUGCCGAGCUGUCUACAUUUUUGCCAAGAAGAACAACAUUGCAUUUGAGUUUAAGUUUAUUGAUCUUUCAACAGGUCAGCAGCUCAGUGAGGAAUUUGGAAAAGUUAAUGCUCUGCAACUGGUGCCAGCGAUAAAGGAUGGAGACUUCACCCUGGGCGAGAGUGUGGCGAUUCUGAAAUAUCUGGCAUGUAAAUACCAAGUCCCUGACCACUGGUACCCGGCCGACCUCCAGAAACGGGCUCGAGUGGAUGAAUAUCUAGCUUGGCAGCACACCACCAUUCGGUAUCAGGGAUCCAGGAUUUUCAUGUUCAGGAGCCUGUUGCCAGCUUUAACUGGGCAGCCAAUUCCCAAGGAUAGAAUGGAUGAAGCCCUGGAGGAUCUGCGAAAAUCAAUCCAGAUCUUUGAAGACAAGUUCCUUCAGGACAAACUGUACAUCGCAGGAGAGAAAGUGUCCCUAGCGGACCUGGUCGCUCUCGUUGAACUGAUGCAGCCUCUAGGUUCUGGAUUCGAUCCCUUGGAAGGUCGACCCAAACUGAUCGAAUGGCGUGAGCGAGUCAAGGGUGAUGUGGGCAAAGAGUUAUUCAAUGAGGCCCAUGAGAAGGUGAUGAAGAAUACGGAUUUGACAAAUGCUUUAGACCGUAACUCUCCUACACUGCAACAACUUGCACAAAAGCUGCAGAAAAAAUACAAGUAAAGGAAUGAGUUAGUAAGCCCCAGUGUCUGAGGUGUUUGCUAACUGCAGCUUGGCCUGGUAUGUUCCAAUAUCUCCUAGAAUCAAAUAAACUGCCAGGAAUGAUAAGAA